GUUCAAUUUAAACGAUCGGUAACCGAGUCGACACAAUCGAGCCUCAGUCGCAGUUUAGCGAUCGCAUACGCAUCACGGCGAUCAACUUUUUACGCGUGUGCCUACUCAUCAAAACACUAGACCACUAGUUUGGGAAAGACGAAGCCUGGUCGGAGUGUGCUGUUUGCAACAACAAACACGAUACAUAGUUAGUUCUUGAGAACCGUACGAUCCUGAACAAGAGAGCAACGAAACGGACCUGUCUGGAUUACGACGUGUAGGGCCAUGUCGGAGGCGGUCGUCAUGAAUCGGGUCUUUCGGUAUUUUAUGAAGUUUCACGCUUACUUAAUUGCAUUCUUCACCAUCUUCUUCACGUCGGUGAUCAUCGUGACCUCAUUUACGGGCCGCAAACUACCCGAGGAACCGUUCAUUAUCGAAGAGGAAUAUGAGGCAGUGCAGAGAUAUCCGAUUUUGAUCCAGGUAGAAUCAGCGCUGUGGUUGUGCGCAUCUGUGAUAUUGGUCGUCGGGCUGUACAAGGAGAACAAAACAUUUCUCACCCCAUUUCUGGCGCUGUUCACCAUCGACGGUGCGGUCGUGAUCGUUCAGGAGAUUGUGAACCUCUGCACCGGAAGAGAGUCUGACCUGGCAACGAUCGAGCCCCGCCAGCUGCUCGUCAUGAUACUGGUCAACGUGUACGUGCUGGUCAGUCUGGUGGUCCUGUAUCGGAUGUUUGCCAAAGGUCCAGCACCCACCGCUCAAAACAGCUUUGUCCGAUUCGACAACGAGCGGGACGUCGAAAGCCAAAUGCCGGCGUCUGGCAAUCUGCAGCCGAACUCAUUACAACAACAGCAGAACAGAAGCUAAUACCAUUAGGUAGCGUUAAUUCAAGUAGAUGUUAGAUUUUUGGUAUUAGUGAUAUCGAUGUGAAGUACCCUAAGAAAUCAAAGGUUUAGCUCGUAUUCGUCGUACGUUAAUUAUGUUAUUUUUAUUAUUAAACUGUUGUUGUGCGUAAGUGGUAUACGAAUGUACAUAUAGCGACAAUGAAAAAAGAAGUAAAACGAAGUGGAAAUGUA